UAUCACUUUCUCCAUUUUCCUAUUGUUGAAAGUUAGGAUUAGUAUCCCUGUAGUUGAGACCUUCAGAUCAGAUACACACCGGGAGCUCCAGGGUGCCUCUCUAUUGUACAUGACUACUGCUCCAGGUUUUAUCUGGAAGGAAUUUUUUAGUUCUGUAAGCACCAAAAGUAGGAACACACUGUCCACAUCUAGCAAUCACAACUAAAAAUUUCUGAAAUGGGCAAGUAUGACAGCAGUGUUCUUACGGCACUUCUCCCAGCUUCACCAACCGUUAACUUUUCUGCUUAACUUCCUUAUGUCCAGCACUCUGGGCAAGGGGACGAACUGAACACUCAUUUACUUUGGGGUAUCUUAUGACACUGUCUCAGUGAAGAUAUCUGUGAAGAAUUUGGAUUGUUAUGCAGCAGCCAGGAAUGUUAAACUGGAAACCAGAAGUUAGGCUGAGAGAAUCUCUUAGAAUCAUUAACGUUGGAAAAGACGUCUAAGAUGAUCAAGUCCAACUAUCAGAGAGAAACACAAACUUUUACUGAAUAAGCCUUCUUGCUGUACAUGCCAUGGCCAGAGUGACCUGAUGGGGCCCAUGGGAAGAUGUGGCCAAGACCCUGGUGAUAGGUGUGAAACACCAGUGCCAAGCACACGAGAUGUGGGGAACGGAGUGGGAAGUGGCACUGGGAAAGACCCAGAAACUUGUGCUGGGGGCUGGGGCAAGUGCUGCAGCGGAGGACUGCUCACUGUGAUGACCCAGCAAUGGACUGUGGCGUCAAUGUGGUGUUGGCAGUUAUGUCCACAAGUGUAGGUCAAGUGGAAGUGACGCCCAGCAGCUUGGCCAAGUGAUGACCUGAGACAUCUCCAGGCAACUGAUUGUGACCUCACAGCCCCCACUGCCUUACUGUGGGUGCAGCAGCCCUGCCCAGCAGUUCGUGCCUGGACUCCGACCGAGCGUGAGUGCGAGGACUGGAGUGUGAGAAGCGCGAGCUUUGGUGCUGAAACGUGCUCUGGGUGCUGCUAGCGCAGCUCUCAGUUGCUGUCUCAGAGCCAUUUGUUCUUUAUCCCGACCCUGCUGGGAGCAGACAGACGGGACAUCCCAGAGAGGCGCGUGCAGCGGCAUAGAGUGACACCUGCUGCUGUAGCGUUACUGCUGGGGAGUGCGUUGCCAUCUCCCACUCCCUCUAGCCUGCUGCAACUGUUGGAACCAUGGAGGCAGAAUUAGACACCCGCUGCCCCAUAUGCCUGGAGAACUGGGACAGCGUGGCGUACACCAUGCCGUGCUGCCACCAGUUCUGCUUUCCCUGCAUCGAGCAGUGGACUAGGAUCAGGCUACAGUGCCCACUUUGCAAACGAGGUGUGCAGUCCAUCAUCCACACCGUGCAAGCAGACGAUGACUUUAAGGAGCUGGUGUUUAGACCAGAUGCAGGGGCAUCCACUGCCACAUGGGACCCCACAGUCAACCAGGAAGUCUGGCCAAGGCCUGAAGUGCCCAGGCGUCUUCUGGGCGGCCUCUCCCCUGACACCUGGGCUACCGUCUUCAGGGACCACCCGGCCCUGCUGCAGCCCCUGUGGUCCUGGCUGCGACGAAAACUGCACCGCAUCCUGGGCAACGACGAGAUACAUGCAAAUAUAUUGGCACAGAGUGUCAUCUGGGCCCUGCUCCACAUCGGCUUGGAGGAGGAGGUCCUAGUAGAAACUCUGGAUUCCGACCUGGAGGGCCGCACGGUGACCUUCGUACAGCAGUUCAUCGCUUUCACCGUGCGGAGGUGUGGCAGAGAGGCCCACCGCCGGCUGGGCCUCAACGUCCCUCCUGCUGCUGGGGCAGAGGAGGCCAACUCUGCAUCACAGCCCAGAGCUGCCCCAGGAGAGGAAGCUGCUGUCCCCGGCCCAGCACCCUCCAGCAACCCUGCAAGCCCCAUCAGGGGCGAAAUGCCGGGCGGGACAGCAGAAGAGCUCAGUCGGAGUCCCAGCCGCUCACAUUCCAACCGUGUGACUGGCAGUGCAGAGCAGGCCGUGGCUCACGAGGUGCCAGAAGAGCCGGUGGCAGGGCCUUCUGGCACCAGCCCACCUGAGGGGAACCGGCGAGCCCCAAAGAGGAAGGCCAACUCCCAGGCCUCAGAAUCUCCAAAGAAGAGGCCACCCAGACGGCAGGAAUAGAACAGUGGCAGAGCUGCUGAGACUGGGGACGGCAUCUCUUUGUGUUCAGAAAUGCUGAAAACAUGCAGAUCUUCUUAUUGCUGACUCAG